AUGGUACCACAGUCUAAGAAGCGCAAGGUUUCGCCGACCACUGGGCCUGAACCGAAGCGAAACAAGAACUUGCAAAAGGCAGGCACCCGACCGAAAGCACAUGCGAAGACGAGCGGAAAGUUCAAGAACAAGACGAAACCUACUCCGGUUGGACGUGCCGUACUCGAUCCCUCGGCCCUGGCAUGGGAAUCAGUGGGUGAAGAUUUUGGCGGACUUCAGGUCCUCUCUGGCGUGGACGUGGUGAAGAAUGGCGAAGCAGUCCAGUUCGUCGUGAAGAGCGAUAAAACGAACAGUCAGCCCGUAGUGUCCGAUAGCGAAGAUGAAGAGGAGUCUUUUGAAGGGUUUGGCGACGACAUUGUGGCGCGCGAGCCUGUCGAUUCCGGCGAAGCUGGCGAUUCUCAAGAUAGCUUGGAGGGCGAGAAAUCUCAAGAAACGAUUUCAGCAGUCAAGCAGGGCAAGGCCAGCAAGACCCAAAAGGGGCAACAACAAAGCGACAACGGCACGCAGAAGAAAUCCAAACAACAGAAGAUUGCCGACAAAAAGCUACAAAAGUCCGCUUCACAUGGGGCCGGCAACGAGUUCCUGGCGCUGGCAGCAAUGGCGGACGAAGAAGCCGAAACCGACGACCUCGACAUGGGCGACUGGGUGGCGUUGAAUUUGUCGCCCAACUUGGUGUCGGCGAUUGCAAAGUUGGGAUUCUCGAAGCCGACUGCCAUUCAAGAAAAGUCGAUACCGGAAAUUAUUGCCGGCGGAGAUGUGAUUGGUAAAGCGCAGACUGGUUCCGGAAAAACACUGGCUUUUGGUAUUCCCAUUGUCGAAAAAUGGCUGGACACGCAUGAGGAGCAAGAAGACCAGGCGGGGGAUGAUGAUGACCAGCCGAACAAGAAGAACAGGGAAGGUCCCAUGGCUGUGAUUCUCAGCCCGACAAGAGAAUUAGCUAAGCAGAUUGGUGAUCACAUUAAAGCCGUAUGCGACGGGCUUCCCGCAUCUCCAUAUAUUUGCGUUGUUACCGGAGGCUUGAGUAUUCAGAAGCAACAACGACAGUUGGAGAAGGCAGAUAUCGUGAUUGGUACCCCAGGUCGCUUGUGGGAGGUGCUUGAUGGAGAUGCAAAGCUCCAAGAACAGUUUACUCGAAUCAAGUUCUUGGUGGUCGAUGAGGCGGAUAGGCUUUUCAAAGUCGGACAGUUCAAGGAGGCGGAAGAUAUUAUUGGCGCCUUGGAUAGAGAGAACCCCGAAGAGAAUGGAUACUCUGACACUUCUGAUGCAGAAGAUGAAACCAGGGAGCGGCAAACGUUGGUAUUUUCGGCUACUUUUGACAAGAACUUGCAGACAAAACUCGCAGGCAAGGGCAAGAGUGCCAAAACUGGGAGUGACGAGGAAAAGAUGGCGUAUCUCAUGAAGUGUCUCAAGUUCCGGGGCGAGCCCAAGUUCAUCGAUGUCAAUCCUGUGAGCCAGAUGGCGGAUAAUCUUCGCGAGGGUCUGAUUGAGUGCGGAGCGAUGGAAAAGGAUCUCUAUCUAUAUACAGUGCUCUUAUUAAACCCCGGCCGUCGAACACUGGUUUUUACUAAUUCCAUUUCCGCCGUUCGCCGAAUCACCCCCCUCCUCCAGCACCUCAACCAAAACGCACUGCCCUUGCACUCACAAAUGAUCCAAAAGGCUCGCCUGCGGUCCCUGGAAAAGUUCACCGCAGCACGAAACACCAUUCUCGUAGCUACCGAUGUUGCUGCGCGAGGUCUCGAUAUCAAGGAAGUGGACCAGGUUAUUCACUAUCACGUCCCGCGUGCCGCAGACACUUACGUCCAUCGCUCGGGCCGCACAGCCCGCGCCGACCGCAGCGGUGUCAGCAUCAUCCUCUGCUCGCCGGAUGAAGUCCUCCCGACCAGAAGACUUGCCAGUAAAGUCCACGCCGAGCGAGCCUCAUCUGGCAAGAAACAGCACAUCAUUGAGAGCCUGCCCAUCGACCGGAAGAUUGCCUCUCGUCUUAAACCACGCUUGGAUCUGGCCAAGAAAAUCACAGAUGCAAUCUUGGCCAAGGAAAAGGCCCACAGCAACGAUGCUUGGCUCCGCAACGCGGCCGAGGAGCUCGGUGUGGAAUAUGACUCUGAGGAAUUCGAGGCCACCGAGUCGAGUGGUUGGGGUGGAGGCAGCAGAGGCGGCGGUCGACGGAGGAAGGAGAAGGAGGCGAAGGCUUUGACCAAGGCGGAGAUGGGUGUACUAAAGGCUCAGCUGAGGCAAGAGUUGAGUCAGAGGGUGAAUUUGGGCGUGAGCGAACGGUACAUUACAGGCGGCAGAGUAGAUGUUGCGCAGCUGUUGAAGGAGAGGGAUAAUUCGGUACGCGGCAUCUUCUUGGGCGGUGAUAAUUUGGGACUGGGUCUGGGCCUGUGA